AUGGAACGACCAGCAGAGACGUGCAGCUUUUCGGGGAAGGCGGAGCUGUCGGCAAGCGCGGAGGCUCUGCCACCACUCGAGGCCAGACGUCGACAACUGGAGGAUAACGUUUCCGGAGGGUCCAGCCUAAAUGUCUAUGUACGCAUCCGACCUAGAGUUGGAGGGCGCCCCUUCGCAGAUCCCACAUUCCGACCUUGCAACGACACAACUGUGGAGUCCACAACUGCCACUCGGAAGCAUCAACAUCAGAAACGCUUUAGUUUUACAAAGGUGUUUCCAGAGGGCAGCAGCCAGGAGCAGGUGUUUCAGGAAGCGGUGCAGGAUCGUGUGGAUGCUUUCGUGAAGGGCGCGAACGUGCUGCUCUUUGCAUACGGUCCCACUGCCAGCGGCAAGACUCAUACCAUGGAGGGUCCGCCCACUGAUCCAGGAGUGGUGCCUCGCACUAUUGAAAGAGUAUUCAGGCUGCUGGGCCCUGGGGUGUGCCAGGAGGCACCAGUGCGCCCCGUGGGUUACGACGACGUAGCCUCUUUCAGUGCAGAAGAGAAGGCAUCUGUACUAUCCCUAAAAAGGAAAUUGUUGGACCAAGAGGGAGCCCGCAGCGCUGCCGACUUCAGCGCCUUCCACCCGCACUCAAAUAACAGCGAUGGGUCCCCGUCCGGCAGCUGUGACAGCAGCUACAGCGACAAAGCACAGCAGGCAUCGCUUUGACUCUCAUUUUACGAAAUUCACAACGAGAGCAUCAAUGACCUGCUGCUUCCAUAGGCUGAGCGCCGCGCAGUUCCAAGGCGGGGUGAAGACCGG